AUGGCGCAUCUCAAUAGCCCUACCAAGUCCACUGAUUUAACCCCUCCCUGGACACCUAGCUCCUGGACCAGUAAACCCAUCAAGCAAGACGCUAUCUACCCAGACCGCAAAAGCGUAGAGAAAUCCCUCUCCAAGCUUGAACGCCUCCCUCCCAUCGUGACGCCCACCGAAAUAGAAAAAUUAAAGGCCAGCUUACGAGAUGUGGCUCUCGGCAAAGCCUUCCUGCUCCAGGGCGGCGACUGUGCAGAACUCUUCGACUACUGCGAGGAGAAUGCUAUUGAGUCAAAGAUCAAAUUGUUACUGCAGAUGAGUUUGGUCCUUAUUUGGGGCUCAAAUAAGCCCGUGGUUAGGAUUGCGAGGAUGGCUGGGCAGUAUGCUAAGCCUAGAUCUAGUCCUACAGAGCUUGUUGAUGGGGUUGAAACUCCUUCUUUCAGAGGAGACAUUUUGAAUGGAUUUGAAGUUAGUGAGAGAGCUCUUGACCCAGCGCGUCUUGUCAGUGCCUACUUCCAUUCUGCAAGUACAUUGAACUUCAUUCGGGGCUCUAUUGGUUCUGGAAUUGCUGACCUCCAUCGUCCCCUCGACUGGGGUCUCGGUCAUGUACGUGACCCGGAGCUCCAAACCAAAUACUCCUCUAUCGUCUCCUCUAUUACCGACUCCCUCCGCUUUAUGCGCACCGUUGGCGCAGACACAGCCGGCCAACUCCAAACUGUAGACCUCUUCACAAGUCAUGAAGGUCUCCUCCUAGAGUACGAACAGCGCCUCACCCGCCUUCUCCGAAACCCUACAAAACCUCUCGACUCAAACUCACGUGCUUUCGGCCAAACAGGAGAUAAUAGUACUAAGUCUUACUACAACACCUCCGCACAUUUCCUUUGGGUAGGAGACCGCACGAGACAGAUAGACGGCGCUCACAUCGAAUAUUUCCGCGGCAUCGCUAACCCAAUCGGUAUCAAAAUCGGCCCUACCACCACCCCAUCUGACCUCCUCUCCCUCCUCCGCACCCUCAACCCCUCUAUCGAGAUCGGCAAAAUAACGCUCAUUACCCGGUACGGCGCGUCGAAAGUGCGGUCCCUCCUCCCCACGCACAUCCGGACCGUCGAAGGCAGCGAGUACGCGCGUAGCGUAGUCUGGCAAUGCGAUCCUAUGCAUGGGAAUACGAGGUCUACGUCUACGGGGAUCAAGACCCGACAGUUUGCGGAUAUUCUAGAAGAGUUAAAGGAGACGCUUAAGGUUCAUAGGGAGGAGGGGAGUUAUCUAGGAGGUGUACAUCUUGAGUUAACAGGGGAGGCGGUUACGGAGUGUACAGGUGGGAGUGAGGGGCUUAAGGAGGAUGAUCUUUCGCUGAAUUAUACGAGUUUUUGUGAUCCGAGAUUGAAUGAGAAGCAAGCUCUAGAGCUAGCGUUCUUAAUUGCGGGUCAUUAUCGGGGGGAGGAGGAGAAGAAGUUGUAG